AUGGCCUUCUUCAAGAGCUUCCAGCAGAACCUCCCAUCUGUCAACAUUUCAUCUAUCUUGGACUCGGUCAGCAGUCGCGUGGACGACCUGGCCAGCGCGGUGAGUGAUGUCACCUACACAGUCAGCGACCAGUUGACGGAGCAGGUCACCACCAUCAUCAACAAGGUGCAGGAGGAAGAGGAGGACGGGGAGCACGCAGCCAGCCAGGAGGGCGGCCAGCAUGCUGGGGCCCGGCGGUGGGCGUCCCGGGACACGGAGGGUGGCGGUUGUGCAGACCACGUGUCAAAGAGCAACGCGUCCAACAAUGGCGCUGAGGGCGAGCAUGUCCAGAGCUCACUGGAAUGGGAAUGGAGGGACGGGUGCUGGCGGGUUAAAAAAACUGAGGCCGAGUUAGCAGAGGAGGAGAAGAGGAAGACGGAGCAGAAAGAGUGGGAGGAGAAGAGAGAGAGGAAGAGACAGGAGAGGAUAGAGAGACAGCUGGAGAGAGAGGCCAGGUCUCAGAAGACUAAAGAGCAGUCUCAACAGGAGUCAAUACAGGAGGAAGAGGAGGGUGAGGCAUUGAAGGAAACUGGCUCCAGCAGUGGACGGUGUAAAAAGCCCAGCACUGGUGGGGACAAAUCCAAUGAACAGUAUCCAAGCGAUGGCCAGGAUGACGACUCUCCUCCAUCAGCCAGUCCCGAAACUGAAAGCGGGGUGUCGAAAGAGAGAAAAAAGAAAGCUCAGGGGAAAGAUAAGACGGAGGAGGAGGAGGUGAAGGAGGGCAGCAUGGAGAAGGAGGGCAAAUUCCCCCCGUUCCCUUCGCCUAUAAAGAAGAAGAAGUCGGACAAGAAGAAGAAGAAGGAGAAGGGCAAAGGCGAAAAAGAGGCCUCAAAGAAAUUAGAUAAAGAGAAAAAGGAGAAAGGCAAGAAAAGCAAAGAGAAAAAGAAGAAAACCAACAAAGAAGGAGCUUCGUCAGACAGCGAGGAGGAAGGAGGUGUGCGGCCUGUUGUCCAGCAGAACGCCUCCAGCGUGUCGGGAGACAACAAACACACCCAGUCCGGCGAACAGGAGGGCUACAGCAGUGAGGCCUCCAUUAACAGUAUCCAGAGGAUAAAGCGAGAGUCUUCCCUCAAUGAGCUGCGGCCCCCUCCAUAUCAGGACGAGGACGUGUCAUCGCGGGGGUCCCACUCACGCUCGGGCCGCAGGGCGAGGAGAAGCUCCUCCCCCGAGCACUGUGCCAGCACGCGGUGCUCCAGUGAGGCCAGCGUGGAGCAGGACACCGAGAGCUACCUCAACAAGGGCUACGAGGAGGACGUGCCCAGCGACAGCACGGCUGUGGUGGGAACAGAGGACCUCUCUGGUCCCCCACUCCCCACGGUCUACGAGCCAGAGCCGCUGGCCAAAUACGGCACGCUGGACGUCGCCUUCGAGUACGACUCCGGCGAGCAGUGGCUGGCAGUCACCGUCACCGCGGCGACGGACAUCCCCGCUCUCAAACAGACGGGCAACAUCUCCUGGCAGGUGCACCUUGUUCUGUUGCCCACCAAGAAGCAGCGAGCCAAGACGGGCGUCCAGAAGGGCCCGUGUCCCGUUUUCACGGAGACCUUCAAGUUCUCCCGGGUGGAACAAGAGGCCCUGGGAGACUACGCCGUACGCUUCCGCCUCUACAGUGUCCGCCGCAAGCAGAAGGAGAAGGUCCUGGGCGAGAAGGUGUUCUACCUGACUAAACUCAACCUGCAGGGGAAGAUGGCUCUGCCUGUCACGCUGGAGCCAGGCUCUGAACUAACAGGCUGCGGCUCGCUGGUGAGCGUGUCGCGCAGCGCGGGAGCCCUGUCCUACCGGUCCACUGGUGACUCGUCCAUGCCCGAGAUCCUGCUGGGUCUCAUCUACAACGCCGCAACGGGACGGCUGUCCGCAGAGGUCGUCCAGGGAAGCCACUUCAAAAACACAUCCUCCGACAAGCCCACAAAUGGUCUGUUUUGUUGUAUAAAACACUUCAUAGGGGGAGAGCUGUAUGUCAUGAGAGACACCUAUGUGAAGCUGACGAUGCUGGAUUCCAAGGGAAAGGAGAUGUCCAAGUGCAAGACAGCCGUGUGUCGCGGCCAGUCCAACCCCACCUACAAGGAGACCUUUGUGUUCCAGGUGGCCUUGUUCCAGCUGUCCGAGGUCUCCCUGGUGGUGUCCGUGUUCUGCCGGCGGAGCACCAUGAAGCCCCGGGAAAGGCUGGGCUGGGUCUCCCUGGGCCUCAACAGCACCGGCGAGGAGCAGCAGGCCCACUGGACUGAGAUGAAGGAGGCCGAGGGGCAGCAGGUCUGCCACUGGCACACGCUGACAGACACAUAAAGAUAUGUGGCAGACAUUUGGGAGGGAGAGGUGGGGAGAGGUUUUAACCUGCAGUAAUUGUUGAGGGCUGGACGGACAUUUCCUGGACCCUCAGAGAGGGCUGGGGGGGGGGGGCAUAUGCACCAGUGUUGUUGUAUACAGUAGGUUUGUAAACUGGCACUGAUUUUCAGUCCUCAUUCUCAGAGACUGCAUGAAUACCCGUGAGUCUGCCAGAUAGCGCUUCAGCUGACAGAAGGUUCAUUUAGUUAGAGGACCCAAUUGGAGGUCUGUGCGAAUUACUGUCGUCGACAGGCGCCAACGACCAGCUCAAGUUUUGAACCCACUGGUAGAAAAAUGAUCAAAAAGAUAACUUAUAACGAGUC